UAGCAAUAUAUUUUGAUUUAAUAAUGUAUAUAAACAUAUACAUAUAUAUGUAACAUGUGUAGGUAAUAUAUUUAUUUAAUUGUGUUUUUUGCCGCACAUGCAGAUAAAUAAUAAACUUAUUAGCACUGUAAUGGAAAAUUAUAACUUCUUUGUAAUUUAUAACAGUGUUCCAGAAAAUAACAAUUACAUUUUAUGUUUUAAGCAUAAUAUGUACAAACAAGAAGUCACUUACCUUGAAGUCAUUACAAUAAUCCAACACAUGAAAUUUCCGUAUAAACCUACAAUCUUUAAACCACGUGCUUGGCGGAUUUAAAAUAUUUCGCGGUUGUUUGUUAGCUGUUUUCAACCAAUAGCAGAGUCGCCAACAGCAAAAUUCAGCAUGUCCCCCUUGUAUCUUUCUUGUAAAUUACAACAUUCAUAACAAAAUAUAUUUUUCACACACCUAAUGCUCAUUCAAGAAUACCGCAUUUGCAUAUUGUAUUUACAUUUUAUAUCUAUGAGAAUUGUUAUGUUCAUGCCUACUACAGGUUAUACAUCUAUGUAAUUUGUACCACAAAAAAAGACAGUUGUCACCAUGAAUCACCUUAAGUGAAUGGUAAAAAACUGGCUUAAUGUUUUGAAACUGUUGAGACAAUAGCUACAAUACAAUAGUUCUAAACAUACAACCUAAUUGUUUACACAAAAAAAUAUUCACCUUACAUAUUUAAACAUACAAAAAUAAAUAUAUUCAUACAACUAUUUCAGAUUCAGUAUAACAAAUUAUUUCGUUUCGAACACUCUUGAUAAAUAAUACGAUGCAAAUAAUGAAACUAAUGUUAAUACAUCAAAACAAAAAAUAAAAAUAAACAGAGCUGCUCGAUACUAAUAGUAAACUAUCAGCACACAAAAUAACAUGUAGAGUGAAACAAACCUUUUUCGUAUAUCUUUUAAAACAAUGCACAAUGAGAUACGGCCCAUAAUAAUAUAAUAUAAGUGCAAAGUUAUAAGACACUGCAUGUUAGUUACACUGUUACAUUAUAUUGAUUUAAGUAUUUCACAGCAUACACAAACAUAAGGUUUUUUUUCUGUUGGCACGGAAACUGGCAACUGGGCACUUGUCUGUCUAACUGUAUCAUUUCAAACAUCUUUUGUCAAACUAGUACGCCAAUUUUCUGUUUCAAUUGUUUAUUGGACUAGAUAACAAAAAUCGAUAGGCCUAACUGUAAUCUUUAUGAAAGAAUUUUUGUUGUAAAUUUUCUUCUUUAAAAAUGGGAAUUUACCUGUACUGUUUGUGGUAAUUUUGGCUUACAUGUAAGGUUAUUGUCCAUCAUUUGUUUACAGUGUAUUAUCGGGUUCUCUGAUUUCCAUAUUCCUAGGAUAACGUGGAUCUAUUAUUUCCGGUAGAAGGCACGUCAUGUAAAACUGUGUCAGUUUGUUGAUCAUUUUUUCUUUCCAGAAACUGUUCUCUCUUUCAAUUAGUUGCACUAGUAAUCCAUGUGGUGUCUAAAGGACGAAAUAACAGAACUUACGAUUGGUAAUAUUGUAACGGCCGAAAAUACUGUAGAAUACCAGGGAAAGCUUUUUUGUUUUUUUAAUAGCUAGCCAGACAAUCAGGAACAGCGGGACACGAUGAGGAAAUGACAAACGCAACAGGAAACAUUGAAGGACAGGUGAAGCGGGAGUUGCGGACACAAUGUUUGCGAACGAUAGCAUAUCAUGGCCGCGGAAACAAACAGGGGGGUUGCCACUCGCGCACCGCGGACGCGACCUUGGUCACAGCGUAGCGAAACUCGGUCUUAGGCACAGGGAAGGAGGGGGAGUGAGUAAUGACGUCAGAAGCGGCGCCAAAGCGGAACUGUUUAUGUUAUUAACAAACACACGCAAACAGGGUCAGGACGGGCUUCAUAUACCGGGAGAUUUUAUUCGAGAAGGGAGAGUCACAGAGUCAGUGGGAUACCAUGCUACUCCGCCGCCGAGACGACGAUGGUUCAAUACUAGACAGCAGCACAACGGCCUUAGGCCCAUGUAGCUGGUAAUAGUUGGUAUCUCUCUCUCAUUUCAAAAACUAAGAAUACGCAUUUCAACAAUAACUCGGGAGACAUUAUGAAUAAUAAAUUAAUUUUAAACCGUCACGUAACUUGGGACAAAUUAGUCUGCAACAGUUGGUAACAAAUGAAUAACGAGACAAAUGAGGUUAAGAUUAAGCUCUAGGAAAUGGCCGACAGCACGGUUUAUUUAUUAACGACAGUAUCCCUGAUAGGAAUGACUAUGGUUCAGUAAUUAUGUGUUAGUAAUAGAAGGUACUUUUAAAAAGACAGAAAGUAGAGAAUUAAUAUGUGUGUUGAAUAAACUGUUAGUUGAACUUGCUGAAAUAAACCUGUUCUUGUGGAAACGUUCACCCUUAGGGCCCUGACACACGAGCGACCGAGUCGCGCGACUGAGACGCGCGACUCGGUCGCCGGGAAAUCGCUUGCCAUAAGAUAGCAUGGGCGUGGGUGAGAACCUGGCACACGGGCGACUGAGCGCGUCUCCAUCGCGCGUCUGUCGCCAGCAGACGCGAAUCCCCGCGACAGAUCGCGGCGACCAGUCGUGCGGGAGCCUUGCACACGGGCGACUUUUAGCCGCGCGUCCGAGCGACUGUCGGUCAGUAUCUGGUUGUAUGUGCUGGCGAGGAAGAUGGCGUUCGAUUGUGACCGUUUUAUAAUCGAAAUAGAAUCAAGGCCAGCUAUUUGGGAUUCCAGAUGUGAUGAGUAUGCUAACAAAUGCAAAAAGGGAAAGGCAUGGGAAGAGGUGUGCGAUAUGUUCGUUGAGAACUUCAAAGCCAUGGAUAGCGUCCAUAAAAAUAAAGCAGCUGCAGAUCUGCAACGGAAAUGGAAGAAUCUACGUGACUGUUUCAGAAGAGAACUGGCUAAACAGAGGAAUUGUAAAUCAGGUUCUGCAGCAGAUGGCAGGAAACAAUAUAUAUAUUUCCAGCAGUUAACUUUCCUAUUGCCAGUAUGCGACACCAAACCUACAACAGAAGAAUCUCCAGACUUGCACACGCAAGCCACACCCGCAGCAGCUACAUCUACGGCACCUACUUCUCUUAAAAGAAAAAAACCGUCACCAGAAACAGAAGAACUUGAGCUACUUCAGUCGCUUAGAAGAAAUAUGGAAAAACGACAUGCAGGUAGAGAAGAAGAAGACAGUGACAGGCAUUUCUUGUUGAGUCUUUUGCCGUACUUCAAACGUCUGCCAGACGAUAUGAAACUUGAAGUUCAAAGCGACUUUUUAAACACCUUAAGAAGGUACAAUCAGGUGUCAAUUUCUGGUCAUCGAUGUCCUUCUCAGACUUCUGUCUACCCUCAUUCUUCUCCAUCAGUGAUCACAGGCCCAUCAUUUGUUUCGCUUCCAUACCCUAGUAGUAAUACAAGUACCUCUGGAGUACGCAACCAACAAUUUACACCCACCAUCAGUCAGUCUUACAACUACGGGUCUCAUUCAACUUCAGAAACAUCGCAGUUAAUGAGUCAACCCCAGCAGCCGCUGCAAUGCCACGCCUUAUCACCAAUGUCACCAGCAGCUUCCUCAUCAGUAUCUCUCCAGUCUGAUACGUCAAGUAUUUGUGAAGACUAUUUUAACUGAUACCUAAUAAAUUAUAAGACAUGUGACCUUCAUGGAAAGAGCAGUUUCAGUGAAUAACAAAUAAAUAUGUUAUCUAACAAUUUUCUUCUAAAUUUAUGAAAGAAUUUAUUUUCGUGUGCAAAACGAUAAACAUUUAUGUGUUGGAUCUUUGAGACAAUAUCGUGUCACGUAAUAAUAAAUGUUACUUAUUUGGGGUAUGUUCAGAAAAUGUUUUUUUUUAAUAAUAUGAUAAUAAAUGCUUCAACUAUACCCUUAAAAUACAUGUAACUGUCUAAUUAAAUUAUAAUUUCAGCCGUAGCCAAACACAUUUCACUCCUGUGUUCCUUGUACAACUAUGAAAUGAACUAUUUGUCUGCUUAUACAAGUGUACCCACCUUAAUGUAAUUGCAAGUCUCUCUUCAGCAGGGAUACUUCUUCUCAUACUUGUGUCAACUUUUUCAAUGUGAAUUUUCAGUACAUCCAGAAGAUCCGAGAAAGUACUCCGAGACAUUCUGAAAUAGUUAAAAUAUUUCGAAUUGUCUUCUUUUAGCUCACUCAUAAUCGUAUAAAACUGGCCCCUUGCUAAGCGGUCUGCAGUUAUUGGGUGCAUCCAUAGUACACAUUGCCUGCGACGACGCCGGCGCCGACGGCAACGACGCCUUAGGACAAUGCCAAGAACUGUUUCUUCGUCGGUGUCCAUAUUCACAGUGAAGAGUGUGUCGCGUGAACCUGGCACACGAGCGUCUCGGUCGCGCGGCUGAGUCGCUC